UCGUGUGCUUGUCUCUUUAAGGAACACUCCUGUUGCACGAGAGCCUGGUGUUUUUCCACUCUCUCCGUUAUUACAUGGACUCGAAUAUAAGACAGAAGUCGGAGGGAGAGGGCGUAAAGAUUAUUUCCCUCGCUUUGCAGCCUCAUCACAAGAAGACAAAAGAACAACAAACGGACUUGCGCUAUAAAUUGAAUUGUCAGUAUGGCACAGAAAGAAAAGUUGCAGUGUCUCAAAGAUUUCCAUAAGGACACGCUGAAGCCGUCUCCUGGUAAGAGUCCUGGCACGCGUCCCGAGGACGAGGCGGAGGGUAAAGCACCACAGCGGGAGAAAUGGGCCAGCAAGCUGGAUUUCGUUCUCUCCGUGGCUGGAGGUUUCGUCGGGUUAGGCAACGUUUGGCGUUUCCCGUACCUCUGCUAUAAGAAUGGCGGAGGUGCAUUUCUCAUCCCCUACUUCAUUUUUCUGUUUGGUGGAGGUUUGCCCGUCUUCUUUCUGGAGGUGGCACUCGGUCAGUUCACCUCUGAGGGAGGAAUCACCUGCUGGGGGAAACUCUGCCCUAUUUUCACUGGAAUCGGCUAUGCCUCGAUCGUGAUCGUGUCCCUGCUGAACAUCUACUACAUCGUGAUCCUGGCGUGGGGUCUGUAUUACCUGCUGCAGUGUUUCCAGCACGAGCUGCCCUGGGCUCGCUGCAGGCACAGCUGGAACACCGGGAACUGUGUGGAGGACACCGUCCGCAAGAACAAAACCCUCUGGCUCUCCACCAACGCAACCAACCUCACCAACCUCACCUCGCCGGUCACUGAAUUCUGGGAGAGGAACGUCCUCAGCAUCUCUUCUGGGAUCGACGAGGUCGGCGGUCUGAAGUGGGAGCUGGCGCUGUGUCUGCUUGCUGUCUGGAUCAUCUGCUUCUUCUGCAUCUGGAAAGGAGUCAAAUCCACUGGCAAGGUGGUCUAUUUCACAGCGACGUUUCCUUUCCUCAUGCUGAUUGUGCUGCUGGUUCGUGGUGUGACUCUGCCUGGCGCUGCCGAGGGCAUCAAGUUUUACCUUUACCCCAAUCUGACCCGCCUGAAAGAUCCUGAGGUGUGGAUUGAUGCAGGCACGCAGAUCUUUUUCUCUUAUGCUAUUUGUCUUGGUGCGAUGACAUCACUGGGAAGCUAUAAUAAGUACAAGUAUAACUGUUACAGGGACUGCAUGCUGCUCGGAUGCCUGAACAGCGGCACCAGUUUUGUGUCAGGCUUUGCCAUCUUCUCCGUCCUGGGGUUCAUGGCUCAGGAGCAGGGCGUGGCCAUCGCCGAUGUGGCCGAAUCAGGUCCUGGUCUGGCCUUCAUCGCGUAUCCAAAGGCCGUCACAAUGAUGCCCCUGCCGACGGUCUGGGCCAUACUUUUCUUCAUAAUGCUUCUGCUGCUGGGCCUAGACAGUCAGUUUGUAGAAGUGGAGGGUCAGAUCACCUCUCUGGUGGACCUGCACCCAUCCCUCCUAAGGAAGGGAUACCGGAGAGAGAUCUUCAUCGCUGUGAUCUGCCUCAUCAGUUACCUGCUGGGACUCACCAUGGUCACUAAAGGAGGCAUGUACGUCUUCCAGCUGUUUGACUACUACGCCGCCAGCGGUGUGUGCCUUCUCUGGGUUGCAUUCUUUGAAUGUGUUGCAGUAGCCUGGGUUUACGGGGCUGAUAAUUUCUAUGAUGCUAUAGAGGACAUGAUCGGCUACAGACCCAACAGCUGGAUGAAAUGGAGCUGGAUGCUGAUCACACCCGUCCUUUGUGUUGGAUGUUUUGUCUUUUCACUGGUGAAGUACAAGCCGCUCACCUAUAACAAGUUUUACAAGUAUCCGGAUUGGUCCAUUGGGUUGGGUUGGGCUCUUGCGCUGACUUCUAUGAUUUGCAUCCCGAUGAUGGUCGUCAUCAAAAUCAUCCGAUCAGACGGAUCCCUGAUAGAACGGAUCAAAGCUGUGGCGGCGCCAGUUAAAGGAGGCGCAAGCUCUCGUCCGAAGGAGUACAGCCAGAAGAACAGUGAGCUGCUUCACCCGCUGGACCCUAACGGCAUCCACGGCUUCACCAAACACAGCCACACCAUCGUAGAGACUACCAUGUGAGACUCUCUAAGAGAGAUUCCCAUAUUCUCCCGCUCCUGUCCUCUCCUAUGGGAGAUCCCGUUCUCCUGUUCCCUCUCUCAAGCUGCACUAGUGUGUUUCAAUGAAUUGUUCUUAUCAAUCGUUUUUGCAUUGUUGGACUUUUAUUAUGAUUGUAAUCAUUGCUAUUAGCAUUAAUGCUGAUAUUGUAAUAACCUGAUGUGAGCUUUAGCUGUCUGGGGUUUGUUUAAUCUGUUUAAACCACAUCCUAACCAGGAACAACACACGAUUUACCGCUCAUCGCAUUAUGAUUUCUUUUUUAGGAUUUUGAUCAUAAAGUGCCACAAUGAGACAUAUUGCCUUCUAUUUUGGUCCUGCCACUCUGAAUAGCCCUGCCAAUUAUAUAUAUAUAUAUAUAU